CAUAUAUAUAAGUAUAUUAGAAAAGCCUCUAAAUUUAAAGAUAUUUUGGGUUUUCCCAAAACGUCUGAAUCUCUGAAACAAUCCGAUUUUAUCGAUCAAACAGUAUAACUCAUAUCGAGGGAACUGCCUACUCUAAAACCAAUAUUCUUUUAACAUUGUUUUCGAAUGUGAAAUUUCGAACUCUACGUUUGAACAUCCCAAUUAAAAUAAAAGUGCAAAUAGGGCCCAUUUCGAUAACUGUUAUCGACUGUAUGAAAUGCAUCGUCGGUGUAUAAUCUGUGGCCAGGACCCGGGCGACCACUGCGUCUACCCGCGAAACAUGACGGAGGCUCGCCGGUGGCAGAACCUGGCCAAUCUCAGCACCUUCGAUGUGGACACGGAAUCCCUGUGCCGGCACGGCUGCGUGUGCGCCUCCCACUUGGACUUGGCACAAGGAUCCAACUCCGACUCGAAGAGCUCGUCUGCUGCUGCUCAGGGGGCAAGUACUAGAGCCGGAUCGACGAACUACGACUCCGCAAGCCGACAGUCCGGCGUCAAACGGAGCUCUACGGGAUCGGGACAUGGGCCGCGGGAUGUUCCUAACGCACAUAGCUAUCCCACAAACAACAAAGCCAUCGAGAAGAUCCAAAAUCAAAGCAAACUGGGUCUCAAUUCGGGGAGGCCGGAAUCCAGCAACGCAAAUAGAUGUCAAAAUGGCAACUGCCGUUUUCGUGGUGCCGUCAACAACAUGUUCCAGGGUAAUACCAAUACCUGCACCCAAGUGGGGCAGAAUUACAGGAGUCCGCUGAUGCCAAGAUCUUUUUCUGCCAGCAAGGGAGCUCCUCUUACCAAGUUAAGCCCAAGGGUAAAUGUUAAUCAAAUGCCUCAAGGAACGGCAUGUUGCAAAUGUACACACUGUUCAAUGAUCAGAAUCACGAGCAACAGACCCUUUGUAGAAGGUUGCCCCGGUUCAUGCUGUCCACUGCUAAGAAACACAAAAAACAGACCUCCAGAAGAGGGCUCCUGUAGAAAAGGUCCAGUGGUUCGCCAUUCCGGAAGCCAACAAAGUAUGAACAAAGGUCAUAAGGAGACAUCGAAGAAAAAUGCGGAAAGACAUAGAUCCUGUGAACGUCAUUGCUGUCCCGCUGUAAGGAAACAGAGAUCAGAGGACUCAAAAUCUUUGGAAAUCGAUUUCUUCAGCCCCAUUAACCGCACGCCAUCGGAAUCGUGGGGGAGUAACGAUAGCACCAAACUCACCAUGAACCAGAAAAACAGGAUCCCAAAGCCAGAGGUGAAGUGCCAAUGCUGUCAGGCUUCCAUUCCCCGGCGCUUGAAGGACAAGGAGGUGCAGGUGUCAAAGGAGGCCCUACAGUCCCUAAAUUCCAUACCUGUUAGUCGAACCGAGGCGACUCCUUCGUUCAGCUACCAAACAGCAAGUUUAUCCACUGGUUUCUCAGCCGUCACUAACUCAAGUAAAAGUUCCUACGGAGCCGAGCGAAAAUAUUCAAAUGCCAUCAAUGUGCUGCUUAUGAAUGGAACCCGUAAAAACGACUACGCUGAUCCGUGUUGCUGUCCGGCCAAGUCCUUGGCCCCGCCUCCAGAGAUUUGCGUGCAAGAGUCGGACCUGACUGAGUGCAAUGAACAGGCUACGUUUCCAGAAAUCGACAAGCCCAACUACCGCGUUUGCCGGCCUACCACCACCGAUCCCAACGAGAUGAACGUCCUUGUUCUCGAAGAAGAUCCCAUAAGUGGAUGCAGCCCCAAAGCCGCGGGAGACGAAGCCACGCAGGAUAGAAGUGAAGUGCAGCUUAGUCCUAACCAGAAUCAAAGUACGGAACGACAGUACGAUUUGGGCAAAAACUGGGUCGAUUGCCCGGACUCGGCCAACUACACUAAGGUCCUGGAAUUGCAGAGAGUGCGCAUCAGGGAGCUGGAGAAUCUGCUGCAGCAGCAUAACCUGCUGCAGCAGACCAUUCAGCACAAGGUGGCCGAGCUGCAGUGCACGGACAAGCCACGUCCUAAAAAUGAAACCGAAAUUUAACAUGAUAAGCCGGGAAU